AUGACGCGCGAAGUUUGGUUCCAGUUGGUUGAUCGAGAAGGAGAAGCGCUGACCUCGGCGAACUUUGUGGACUUACAGGACAAUGCAAAUAUUGCUCGGAUUGCGGCCUCCGACCUCACAGUCUACGCGAACACGAACGGCGCGAAGCAGAAGCUGUCCAAGCUUUCGACUGCCUUGAGUAGAUUUGAGGCUCAUCCUGGAGAUCCGCAAGUUGACUGGACAGUGAUACCGUGCGCGCGGCUGGUCGUCGACGAUGCGGACUCGCUGAUUGAAUUGUCGGCAACGUGCAUCCAUGGCACGGGAAUUGGCCGUCCGGGUCAGUCACCAACCCUCUAUCGUCGACCAGCACUGGUGAAACAAUGGAACGAGAUGAAGAGGUGCUCAAUCCAAACGUAUGCCAUACUUUGGGUCGUUGGCCCUCCUGAAACGAGCAAAUCAUGUACCGCACUCGCGUUCGCGUGCGCACUGGAUCGUUCGCACUGGGAAGUGCCUUGGAUUCACUACUCACGAACUGACAAGCUAUUCAAUUGUGUUUGGCUUCAUGAAAACGAGAAAACGUUUUGUGUGAUAAAAGAAGAGACGAUCGAGCGCGAUCUGCCAGCGGUCCUGAAUGGCACGACGCAGACCCAGCCAACGACUGUGUUUCUGGACGGACUGGUUUGUGCUUGUUCGAUGGUAAUUCUUGGUAAAAAAUUUCGUGCUUCAGAUUAUCCACCAAUUCCAACGCAUGUCAACAUUGGCAAUCACCAUUGCUCAUUCAUAUCACCGUCGGCAGAUGUAGAUAUGGAGCAAAGAGCAGGCAACGACGAUGUUGAGAUGAAAGCAAACGAAGACGACGAAGACGUGGACACCGAGAUGAUGUUCAAACUGGAUUCAUGGCGGUUCGAGGAAUACGCCAAUGCAAUCUCGAAAUUCGCGUUUUACAACCGCGUCGUCAACAUGUUCCAUUGUCCGGUCGAAGGAUUGCAAGUUGGCUAG